UGAAAAUAAUUGUAUUUAUAUAUUGUUAAUAUGUUAUAAAAAUUUGUUUCAUUUAUUAAGAUUGGAAUGGACAAACAAAAUGACUCUUAAAGCAACAACUUGUAAGGAAGCUAUUCAGCGAUGGGAAGAAAAAACAGGUCUAAGUGCCAAUGAAGAAAAAGAAAUUAUUUUGUCCUUUCAGUGGCCGCCGAUUGAAAAAAUGGAUAAUAAUUUAGCAGCACUUGCUGCUGUAGAAAAACUAUCUCUCUCAACAAACAUGAUAGAAAAAAUCACUGGUAUCAGUGCAUUAAAAAAUUUAAAAAUUCUCUCUUUGGGUCGCAAUCAAAUUAAAACAUUCUCUGGAUUAGAAGCAGUUGGAGAACACUUAGAAGAAUUGUGGAUAUCAUAUAAUCUAAUCGAAAAAAUUAAAGGUGUAAAUGUACUAAAAGCAUUAAAAGUGCUUUAUAUGUCGAAUAAUCUGGUAAAAGAUUGGGCUGAAUUUAAUCGUUUGCAAGAAAUUCCGCUUCUUGAAGAUUUAUUAUUCAUCAAUAAUCCUAUCUGUGAAAGUAUGGAUGUAGAAUCUUGGCGCAGCCAAGUAACUAGAAGACUACCAAAACUAAAAAAACUCGAUGCUAUACCGGUUGUAUAAUUAUUUAAUUUAGUUGUUAAA